AUGCAGCAUCCAAGCUCUGUGGCGCUGCUGAGCGCUAUCUACGCCUUCACAUUGGCCGCUGCUGGCAGUCUGCCAAGAGGUGUAGGCCCUGAAUUCGCCGCUCACUACGACGGCAAGGAGUCCUUCUCUUGCAUCACAAACGCCGCCAUCAAGCUGAGCUUGAGCCAGAUCAACGAUAACUCGUGCGAUUGCCCCGACGGCUCCGACGAACCUGGCACCGCUGCCUGCGCCAACAUCGAUCCUCUCUCCCCCGAGCAGCCCCUUGCCGGUUCCGCCUCUGGCACGACCAACACCACCAAUGCUCUUCCUGGCUUCUGGUGUGCCAAUGAGGGCCACAUUGGCAUGUAUGUGCCUUUCAGUUACGUCAAUGAUGGCGUGUGCGAUUACGAUAUCUGCUGUGAUGGCACCGAGGAGUAUAGUGGUGUAGGCGGUGUCAAGUGUGAGAAUAGGUGUGCCGAGAUUGGCAAGGAAUACAGGAGAUUAGAAGAAGAGAAGCGAAAGAACAUGGAAAAGGCAUCCAAGCAACGAGACAUUCUCAUCAAGGAAGCUCAGUCUCUCCGUCAACAGGUCGAAGCUAAAGUCGUCGACCUCAAGAAGGAGAUUGCCAACCUCGAAGCCAAGAGAGAAGAGCUAGCCAAGAAGCACCGCGAGGUCGAGCAGGAGGAAAAGGGCAAGGUCGUCCGCGGCGAAGGAACCGGUGGAAAGCUGGGUGUUCUCGUCGGAUUGGCCAAGGCACGCGUCAACGAGCUCAGGGAUACACUCAACAACGUCGUCGACCAGCGCGACGCGCUCAAGGACCGAGUCGGUGAGCUGGAGGAGCUUCUGACCAAGUUCAAGUCCGAGUAUAACCCCAACUUCAACGACGAGGGUGUCAAGUCUGCCAUCAGGUCUUUUGAGGACUACUCGGCUCGUGUCGAGUCUGAGAAGGGUCAGAGGCAAGACGUUAAUGACGCUGAUCUCUUGAGUGUCCUUAGGGAGGACAGCGAGAGCAAUGGAGUCAACUGGAAGGAGUUUGAGGAGAGUGCCGGCAGCGACACCGACAUCAUCUACAACUUCGAGGCCUACCUCCCGUCUUUCGCCCGCUCCCUCCUCCACGGCACCCUCGACUCCCUCCGCGUCUGGCUCGUCACAAACGGCCUCCUCGCCGACAACACAGCCCCCGGCCAAGAAUCCACCCUCGUCCGCGCCGCCCGCGAGGCCCUCGCAGCCGCAGACCGAGACCUCGAGAAGAAGGCCAAGUCCCUGGAGUCGGAGCAGGCAGACCUCGACAAGGACUACGGCCCCGAGGGCAUCUUCCGUGCUCUCAAGGGCAAGUGCAUCAGCCUCGACGCGGGAGAGUACACGUACGAGCACUGCUGGCUCGACAAGACGAUGCAAAAGUCAAAGAAGGGACACGGCCACAGCUCAAUGGGUUUCUUCAACCGCGUCGACCGCGACAUCGCCGACGACGAGGAGCGUCUCGACGGAAAGAGCCUCGGUAAGGGUGAGCGCAUUGUUCUCCGGUAUGAGGACGGACAACAGUGCUGGAACGGUCCCAAGAGGCGGACCGACGUGUGGCUGGGCUGCUCAGAGACCGAGGAGCUCUGGAGGGUCAGCGAGGCGGAAAAGUGCGUCUACAAGAUGGAGGUUGGAACGCCGGCUGCCUGUGACUUUCAAGAGGUCGCUGCGAGGCAGGCCUUUCGUGGAAAGGAUGAGCUAUAA